GUCAAUACUUUUGGAAAAGAGAAAAAAGGACAGUUUUGAUUAUUUUUCUUUCUAUUGCUGUCAGCUGUAGACUGUAGAAAGCUUUAGUGGUACCAAGUACAAGUAAGACCACUAGCAAAAGAUCAAUCUUGUUUGCAAAUUGCUCUUAUCAUUCAACAGGUUUCAGAAAUGGAGAUUGGCUUAGCAGUUGGUGGUGCAUUUCUUUCUUCAGCUUUGAAUGUUCUCUUUGAUAGGCUUGCUCCUAAGGGUGAUCUGCUGAAGAUGUUUCAUAGGGACAAGAGUGAUGUUCGGCUCUUAAGGAGGUUGAAGAUGACUUUGCUUGGCCUUCAGGCCGUGCUAAGUGAUGCAGAGAAUAAGCAAACAUCAAAUCCAUACGUGAGCCAGUGGCUUAAUGAACUUCAAGAUGCUGUGGACGGCGCUGAAAACUUAAUAGAAGAAGUCAAUUAUGAAGUUUUGAGACUAAAGGGGGAAGGCCAGCAUCAAAAUCUUGGAGAAACAAGCAACCCGCAGGUAAGUGACCGCAACCUGUGCUUGAGUGAUGAUUGUUUUCUUAACAUAAAGGAGAAGUUGGAAGACACCAUUGAAACAUUGGAGGAGUUGCAAAAGCAAAUUGGUCGCCUUGAUCUAACAAAGUAUCUUGAUUCGGGUAAACAAGAAAAAAGGGAAUUUUCAACUUCUGUGGUUGUUGAGUCUGAAAUAUUUGGCAGGAAGAAUGAAAUAGAGGAAUUGGUGGGGAGUUUAAUAUCUGAUGAUGCGAAUAGUAAAAAUUUGACAGUAAUUCCUAUUUAUGGACUGCCUGGGAUCGGAAAGACAACACUCGCUAAAGCUGUUUACAAUGAUGAGAGUGUGAAAAAACAUUUUGAUUUGAAAGCUUGGACUUGUGUGUCUGAACCAUAUGAUAUUCUCAGAAUAACAAAGGAGUUACUUCAAGAAAUUGGUUUCUUAAAGGUUGAUAACAAUCUGAAUCAACUUCAAGUCAAAUUGAAGGAAAGUUUAAAGGGAAAAAAGUUUCUUAUUGUCCUAGAUGAUGUGUGGAAUGUCAUCUAUAAAGAGUGGGAUGAUUUGAGAAAUCUUUUUGUACAAGGAGAUAUAGGAAGUAAGAUCAUUGUGACGACACGUAAGGAGAGCGUUGCCUUGAUGAUGGGUAGUGGGGCAAUCAAUGUGGGGACUCUGUCUAGUGAAGUCUCUUGGGCUCUAUUCAAGCGACAUUCAUUAGAAAAUAGGGAUCCUGAGGAACAUCCAAAACUUGAAGAGGUUGGAAAACAAAUUGCACACAAGUGCAAAGGAUUGCCAUUAGCUCUAAAGGCACUUGCUGGCAUUUUACGCUCCAAAUCAGAGGUGGAUGAGUGGAGAGACAUUUUAAGAAGUAAAAUAUGGGAGCUGCCACCUCAUUCAAAUGGAAUCUUACCAGCGUUGAUGUUGAGCUACAAUGAUCUUCCUGUACAUUUGAAGCGGUGUUUUGCUUUUUGUGCAAUAUAUCCGAAAGAUUAUCUAUUUUGCAAAGAACAGGUUAUUCACCUGUGGAUUGCUAAUGGUCUCGUACAGCAGUUGGAUUCAGCUAACCAAUACUUUCUCGAGUUGAGAUCGAGAUCAUUGUUUGAAAGGGUCCGAGAGUCUUCUAGAUGGAAUCCAGGGGAAUUCUUAAUGCAUGACCUUGUCAAUGAUUUGGCCCAAAUUGCAUCUUCAAAUCUGUGUAUCAGGUUGGAAGACAUUGAUGCAUCUCAUAUGUUGGAACGAACUCGACACUUGUCAUAUUCAAUGGGUUAUGGUGAUUUCGGUAAACUGAAAACCCUCAACAAAUUGGAGCAAUUGAGGACAUUGCUUCCCAUCAAUAUCCAGGGCGGUUUAUGUACUCUAAGCAAGAAGGUGAUGCAUAACAUAUUACCGAGACUAACGUCUUUGAGGGCACUAUCAUUGUCUCGUUAUCAGAUAAAGGAGUUGCCAGAUGACUUGUUUAUCAAGUUAAAGCACCUAAGAUUUUUGGACCUGUCUUGGACACGGAUAAAAAAGUUGCCAGAUUCAAUUUGUGUACUGUACAACUUAGAGACACUUAUCCUGUCAAAUUGUCGUUGUCUUGAGGAGCUACCGCUACAGAUGGAAAAGCUAAUAAAUUUGUGUCGCCUUGACAUAAGCGACACUUCUCUCUUGAAGACACCGCUACAUCCAAGCAAGUUGAAAAGCCUUCAUAUGCUAGUUGGAGCUAAGUUUCAUCUUACUGGUUGCAGUAGUUUGAGAAUCGAAGAUAUGGGUGAAGUACAUGACUUGUAUGGAUCUCUAUCAAUUACAGAGUUGCAAAAUGUGGUUGAUAAAAGGGAAGCUCUGAAGGCAAACAUGAGGGAAAAGGAACAUGUUGAAAGGUUAUAUUUGGAGUGGAGCGGAAGUAUUGCUGACAAUUCACAAACUGAAAGAGACAUACUUGAUGAGCUACAACCAAAUCUCAACAUAAAAGGACUCCGAAUCGCCGGAUAUAGAGGGACAAAAUUUCCAAAUUGGCUAGCUGAUCAUUCAUUUCAUAAGCUAAUAGAAUUGUCUCUUAGCAACUGCAAGGAUUGUGAUUCCUUGCCAGCACUGGGACGGCUUCCUUCUUUGAAAUUCCUUACUAUUAGAGGGAUGCAUCGAAUAACAGAGGUGACUGAAGAGUUCUAUGGUAGUUCGUCCUCCAAAAAGCCAUUUAACUCCCUUGAGCAGCUUCUCUUUGCAGAGAUGCCGGAGUGGAAGCAGUGGCAUGUACUGGGGAAGGGAGAAUUCCCGAUACUUGAGGCACUUUCAAUUGAAGAUUGCCCCAAGUUGAUUGGAAAGUUGCCUCAAAAUCUUUCUUCUCUGAUGGGAUUGAGAAUUUUAAAAUGCCCUGAACUCAGUUUGGAGACACCUAUCCAACUUUCAAAUUUGAAAAGGUUUGUCUUUGUUGGUUGUUCUAAGGUUGGAGUUGUUUUUGAUGAUGCUCAACUGUUUACAUCUCAACUUGAGGGAAUGAAGCAGAUUGUUGAAUUAUCUAUUACUGAUUGUAAAUUUCUUACCUCCUUACCUAUUAGCAGACUGUCAAAUACUUUGAAGAAUCUAUACAUAUAUGGUUGUGGGAAAUUGAAAUUGGAGACGCCAGUCAGUGAGAUCAUUUCUAACAUGUUUCUGGAGCAUUUAGAACUGCGUAAAUGUGAUUCUAUAGAUGAUAUAUCACCUGAGUUGUUUCCAAGAGCACGCGUUUUGAGGGUAGAGCGGUGCCGCAGCCCAAGGCUUUUGAUUCGUACUGGGACUGAAAAACUCUCUAUUCGUGAUUGUGGGAAUCUUGAAAUGCUUUCAGUGGCAUGUGGGACUCAGAUGACGUCAUUGCAAAUUCACGAAUGCAAGAAGCUGAAGUCUCUGCCAGAGCAUAUGCAUGAACUCCUUCCAUCUCUUAAGGAACUGACACUGAAUAACUGUCCAGAAAUAGAGUCCUUUCCCGAAGGAGGAUUGCCCUUCAAUUUACAAGUCCUUGAUAUCUACCAUUGCAAGAAACUGGUGAAUCGCCUAAAGCAGUGGCGUUUACAGAGACUCCCCCGUCUCGAGCAGUUAAGCAUCCACCAUGAUGGCAGUGAUCUUGCUGGUGAAAACUGGGAGUUGCCUUGCUCUAUUCAAAGGCUUACCAUAUCCAAUAUGAAUACAUUAAGCAGCCAACUUCUCAAAAAACUCACCUCUCUUGAAUAUCUAUAUACUAAUAAGAUACCUCAAAUUCAGUCACUGCUGGAAGAAGGGCUUCCCUCCUCUCUUCCUGAGCUAACAUUGGUUAACCUUCAUGACCGCCAUUCACUACCAGCAGAAGGUCUUCAGCGUCUCACAUGCCUUCGACGUCUAUUCAUCGGGAAUUGUCCUAAUCUCCAAUCUCUUCCCGAAUCGGGGAUGCCCUCCUCUCUCUCUGAGCUGGGCAUUUAUAAUUGUCCUAAUCUCCAAUCUCUUCCCGAAUUGGGGAUGCCCUCCUCUCUCUCUGAGCUGGGCAUUUAUAAUUGUCCUAAUCUCCAAUUUCUUCCAGUAAAAGGGAUGCCCCCUGCCAUCUCUAAACUAUUUAUUUCCAACUGCCCAUUGCUCAAACCACUCCUAGAAUUUGACAAGGGUGAUUACUGGCCAAAAAUUGCAAAUAUUCCCACCAUUCAUAUUGAUGGGGAAUCCCACUAAUGAUUAAAAGAAAUGAUGCUCCUAUAAAUUCACAAAGCGUCUAUUGCUACUGUGAAGCUGAGGAAUCAUCUUUGGAUCGGAAUGAAUUUAAUUUUAGAUGACAGCGAAAAAGUGAGUUGAUCAAGGACUAAGGAGAAAGGAGGUUUUAGAGUAAUUCACAUGCUCACUCAUGAAUGCAUACCUCUAAUAGAAUUCAAAGUGUUGAACAGUGUGGAUCAUCUAUUGCCACUGUGUGGAUCGUAGCAUCUUCAUUCUAAUUUUAGAAUGACAAAAAGAAAUUUGGCCGAAGAUAUAAACAGUUAGCUGAUAACUUUGGAGAUUAUGAAGUUUCCUUCAAAUUAUUUCCAUUACUCAACCUCGAGUGGGGCCUCAGAACUAGGGGAAAGGCAAGGAAGUGUAUCCUACUCUGAACAAAUUUGUAAUGACCCGUUAGGUCAUUUUGAGAACGAGUCCUCUUUCUUUCAUACGAGAUCCUUUUCGUAAAAUUUUAAUGGGAUAUUUGGACUAUUCGAUAACUUCGGUUAAUUAGUUGAUGGGUGAUUUUAAAUAAUUAAUUUAAUUGAUGGGCUAAAGUGUUAAUUUAUUUAAUACUUAUACCACUU